CGAAGCGGCCCAGCAGCUGCGAGGCCCCAAGCAACCUGAAGUUACCUAGGGCAGUCGCACUCAAAUGCUCGCUGGGCACUGUAGCGCAUCACUACCUCGACCGCUGUGACUUGUGAGGCUGGCCCAUCGCCGGCACAACCAAUCAAUCGCAAGCUCAAGUACUCCCGUCUCGAGUCUCGACAUCACUUCAAACCACCACGGGCACCAAGGCCACGCCGACAUCACCACAAGCCCACCACACUACCUCGACCAAGAUGGCGCCUCAAGGGGACGACACCAUUUUUCAGCCCAAGGAUGCCAUCAAGUCCGGCGUCAGUGGCGCCCUCUUCAGUGGUGGAGCCGGUCUCUUGAUCGCUUCCCUCCGAACCUCCAUGAAGAAGAACAACGUCGGCAGCAUGCACGUUUUCACCCACGGCGGAGGCACCAUCAUCAGCUUUGCUUUCGCCGGUGGUGUCUACAGAUUCGCCCAACAGGCCUCGGCGAACCUGCGCGAGAAGGAAGACGCCUGGAACCAUGUGAUCGGUGCUUUCCUCGGUGGAAGCGUCGUGGGCUUGCGAUCCCUUCGUUUCCCCGUCAUCCUCGGCUUCGGCGCCAUGGCCGGCGCCACCGUCGGUGCCUUCGCAUUCACCGGUGGCAAGCUGAGCGGCUACGAUAAGGACCCCAACGUCGACGAGUACGAGAGGAAAGAGGCCAUGCGCCUGAACAGGAGGAGGCCGGUCGAGGAAACCCUUGCGGAAGUUGGCGAGGGUCGUGGUAUCUACCCACCCGGCUACCAAGAACGCAGGCGCCAGAGACUCCUUGAGAAGUACGGAGUCGAGGUCAAGCCCGUCUCUGCGGAUCCCAACGUUGCUUCUGCUUGAGCUUGAGAGAGAUGGAGAGAAAGGUUUGAAGAUACACAAACACGAAGAUGAUGACGACAGGCAGGAUACAACAGGGCCCUGGCCUGGAAAACAGGACCCCGGCCUAGAGGCAAAACGAGAGACAG